AUGCCUCUACAGAACUUCGAAGAUGCAAUUACGGCAACGAGCAAUCAGCCUGAACCUCGGUCCAAGGAAACCUUCGAGGCUGACCCGCCAGUGCAAUUAAAAAAGAGCUCACAAAUACUCAUUACUGCAUUAAUCAUAAUGGCGAAUCUCACUCAGUUCAUGUCCAUGUUUUCAACGGUAGCGGCGGGGUUCAAAUUCAGUGAAAAGCUAGGGCACUCUGCUGGGCCAGGGCAGGCAAACUGGAUGGCCGCAGCUUACUCGCUCACUCAAAGUGCUUUCGUUCUCGUGAGCGGGCGUCUCGGUGCCGUAUUCGGUCAUAAAAGGCUACUGUUGCUUGGAGGUGCAAUCAUUGUGGUCUUCUCCCUCGUCAACGCCUUCUGUACCACUUACGAGUCAUUUGUUGCCGUUCGCGCUCUGACAGGCAUUGGUGGUGGUAUCUUAAUGCCCAACGCGGUUGCAAUGCUCACCAUCAUGGUGCCGCCGGGGCGAGCUCGCAACAUCACACUCGCAACUUUUGCAGCCUCUCCACCGAUCGGCGCUAUGUUCGGAGCAUUCAUCACUGGAGGGUUCCUCGAGAACAGUGAAUGGAAAUAUAUCUUCAUCCUAUUCGCAGUGCUCGGGGCCAUUGAAUUCGUUUCCCUUUUCUUCGUUCUUCCACCAGAAGAAGCCGUGGAUAAAGACGGGAAAAUCGAUUGGGUAGGAAGCGCACUCGGAUUGAGUGGCCUCGCGCUGUUCAACUUUGCCUGGAACCAAGCACCCUCAGUCGGAUGGAAAACACCAUACAUCAUAGUAAUCCUCAUCCUAUCCGUCGUCUCAUUUGUCGGCUUCCUCUUCUGGGAAGGAAAGGUUGCGACCGCACCCAUCAUGCCUCUCGCCAUCUUCGCCGCGCCGACCUUCACGGCCCUCAUCCUAGUCGUACUCCUCACCUACAUGGCCUUCGGCAUAUCGCUCUGGUACAUGGUAGCCUGGCAGGAGCUGAUCCGGGGCUGGUCGGCGCUGCACCUGGCGGUGGGGUGGCUGCCGUUCUGCUUCGGCGCGUCGAUGGCCGUCGGGCUGGCAGCAUGGCUCAUCCCACGUCUGCCGGCGCAGUACAUCCUCGCCAUGGGGGUGCUCACCUGCCUGGCGUCGACGCUGCUGAUCGCGACGCAGCCCGUGCAGCAGCUAUACUGGGCCCAGACCUUUCCCGCAAUCUUCUUCGGCAGCAUGUGCCCGGACUUCGUCUACGUCGCCGCCCAGAUCAUCGCGAGCAACAGCGUCGGCAAGCGCGACCAGGGCAUCGCGGGCAGCCUGGUCGGGACGUUGAAUUUGUACGGCAACAGCCUGGGGUUGGGUUUCGCCGGCACGAUCGAGGUCGAGCUGAUCCGUCACGGCGCGAGCGAGGUCCAGGGGUUCCGUGCGGCUCUGUACUUUGGCGCUGCCUUGGCUGUUGCCGCGCUGGUCCUCGACUUGAUUUUCGUGAGAGUGCCCCAAAAUGACGAGGAAGGCUGGAAAAGCGAGGAGGAUUGCCAGGAGACUUCGGUCAAACAGCCCGAGGCUCGGACUACUGCUGUUGGUGCUGAGAAUGUGUGA